GAAGGAGGGAGAGAGUUCAGCUGCGUCAGGAAAUCGGAGAACAGGGCAAGGUCAAGAGGCUAGAGAGCAAAGACGUCGUCAUUAUAUAUUUCAGCCAAACCGAGGGACGAAGGGAGGUGGAAGGAACUCAGACUCGAAGUAUUCCCUAAAAAGGUUUGCCAGGACUGGAGAGAGAGGAGAGCUCAUGGCAACACCAAACGCCUGAGAGUAGAAGCGACCCUCAAAGGAAAAUCCAAGCUCAUCAUGGUCGCCGGCGAGACACCACGGAUACGGCAGAUGAAGUCCUGAGACAGGCGAAGGAAAAAGAUCAGCAGAGAAGAUUAAUACGUUCAGUCGAUUAGCUUUGUUGGGCAACAAUUCCUCACACUGCAGCAUCAUGGCCUCCAGAACUGCUUGCCUCAGCUUCUUGCACAUCGUUGCCUUCAUGUCAGCUGCCACAUUCUCCAGUCCAGAGAAGCCCCUAUUAGUGAAUUACAUGUUCUCCGGCAACAGCCUCAGAGAGUACAUCGGGAACAGCAGCUUCAGCCACAUAUCAAAAGCAGAUCUUCCCAACAAAAUCUUCUUAUCCAUGUGCUGGGAGUCACAGAAUCCACACUGCACUGUGAACGCGAGGGCAAGAGAGAAGACCCUCGGCUAUUUGUGUCACAACGGCACCACUCGAUACAUUAUCAAGUACAAAGAUGAAUUCAACUGUGAGUGCCAAUGGGGAAACCGAAACAAGGGCCCGAGACUGUAUCAUGAUGUGUUCACCGACAAGACUGGGCCCAAGUGGAGCAUAACAGAAAAUAGGACAGGGUGCGAAACAUCGGAAUUUAUCCAGAGUGAACAAGAAACCCAUAGUAUCACAGUUUACGUGUACAUGGAUAAGGUCAUAGUCAUACCCGUGUGCACAAACGGAAUCGUACCGCACGAAGGGUAUAUGUCUAAUCGGGAAGCUGGAGAAAGACAUUUUUACUUAGAAAAAGAAGGUGUUAACAUAACAUAUCCUAUAUUCAAAUGUCAGUCAUAUAGUAUGGCCAUUAAAGAAAAAAACCUGAGUCAAGUGAUAGAUGAGUAUAAUCUCAGGGUGUCUAACGGCGAAGAGACGCAAGUGGCUUCCCUGCAUAAUAUAUCUACCGUUGUAAUCAAAAUGAAACUGAAAAGGACAACCACUUCCACGCCAUUACCCACACCUGAAGACCCGAAUCAAUUAAGUCUCAGUGUAUUGACGGAUCCCUCGAUGAUUUCUGGGACGUCUGCAUCCAAGGCUAGCGUCGGUUUUGUGGUGUUGGCGUUUUGUGCAGGGCAAUUCGUUCGGCCGUACCUAUGACGGACCAGACAUUGGAAUUUUUAUUUUUAAAAACUGGCUGCAAAGUGGGAAGUGUUGAAAACAUUUACGUUCUCAGUUUCGAAAAGAGUGCUAAAUCUUAGAGUUGGUACCAAUAAGCCUCUCUGAAUAUAGACUAGUUGGUAAGGACGACAGGAAUUACGUUCUUUUCAUGUUUUGUUUUUUACGCCUUCCGUAAACAACUUCACUUCUUCUAACUAGGGCGAAGAAAACAGUCCCGGCUCACUUGAUGAAUAAAUGUCAAAUUGGGACAUUUAAUAGCAUUAUAGGCUAAAAAUCAGGUUAAAAUAUUAAUGUCCAAAGCAAACCGAUAUCAUAUUUUUCCAACAAAGUAUUUUUGUCACAAUAUUUCUUGCGAACUCUACCCGUAAUAAACAGUCUGUAAUCAAUAA